AAAUCAGGCCGUGUUCGUCUCCCAUUCUCUCCCCUGGUGUCCUCGCUCCAGAGUUCUGCUGCAUUUGUCCUCCCCCGCUACAGAUCCAACACUUCCCCUCAAGCCAGUACUUGUUCGGCGGCGAUGCCCAGAACCAAGCACGGUCUCGGCCUCGUGGCGAUCUCGUAUGUAGCGCUCGACUACCUCCGCUACGUCUCCCCGUCGUGGCACGCGCGGCUCCAGCCGGCGUUGUGGGUGGUGCUGGCCCUCUCUGCCGCGGUGCGCGCACCCUUCUACUCGCACUGGCAGCUGGAGAUCCGUUCUGCGAUCCCUUUCCUCGCUUCCAUGCUCUUCAUGCUCGCCGCUUUUCUUUGGGAGGCUCUAUCCGUACGAUUCGUUACCGCCGUACUCGGACUCGAUUGGCAUAAAUCUUCACCUCCUCUACCUGAUACUGGCCAGUGGUUUCUUUUAUUCCUGAAUGAGAAACUUCCACGGGUUGUGGUACAUUUGCUAAGAGCAGAUAUCAUUGGGCUUCAUCAUUACCUAAUGCUGUUUGUGAUGUUGGCUUUCUCUGUGGUUUUCAACUCUGUUAAAGCCCCUGGUCUUGGUCAUGCUGCAAGAUAUAUGUUCACCAUGGCGAUAGGACGUCUUCUUCGGGCUAUAACAUUUGCUUCUACAAUUAUUCCAUCAGUCCGACCUUGGUGUGCUGCAGUUAGAUUUUCAGUACCUUAUUAUCCACAUCCUUGGGCACAGAAAUUCUAUAUCCCAUAUGCUUCUGAUUCUGAUGCCAUUCACAAGCUAAUACGAGCUGAUAUGCCUUAUGCGACUGUUGGUGAAUAUCCCAGUGAGUAUCGACCAAACUGGGGAAGGAUGAGCUUUCUUAUAGACAUACUGAGGCCUACUAUUUCAGAUGGAGGUUCAUGGUACAAAUUAUUGAAGAGAGCUAGUGGUGGCUGUAAUGACCUGUUGUAUAGUGGUCAUAUGCUUGUUGCUGUACUUACUGCUAUGGCAUGGAUGGAAGCAUAUGGUGGUUGGACAUCAAUUCUGAUGUGGUUCUUAGUCUUGCAUAGUGCCCAGAGAGAGAUCCGGGAGCGACACCAUUAUACUGUGGAUUGUGUUGUGGCAAUCUAUGUUGGUAUCAUUUUAUGGAGGAUGACUGGUUUUAUUUGGUCCUCCAAAGAUGCAUCCAGAACCAAAAGACUCAACAAGCUUGAUGAGGUUCAGAACAGAUUGAUUCAUGCAGCAAAGGAUUCAGACAUAGAUGAGAUCAGAGAGCUGUUGAAGGAGGUGGAGAUGGCAGGUCAUGAAAGGAAGGCUUCACAAUGGGUUAUUUGGUUAUUUGCGGUCAUUACUAUUAUUUUCAGCCUCUUUGUAGUGUUGCUAGCCUUUAUAUUGACCAAUGAUGGAUAAUCUCAUCGAUUCCUUUGCAUUAGUUGUUGUAACCUAUGUUGCAUCCGACCCUAAAUAUUUGAGACGCAAGGCUUGUUGUAACCUAUUUCACACUCCAUUUUGUAUCAAAUAUUGUAACCUAUGUUGUACUUCUUUUUGGGACUUGAAAUUAUUGUGCUAAGGAAAGACUGACAUGCUUGAGGCUUUAAAUA